GGUGGUGGACAGAAGUGGAAGGGAGUUUAGAAGCCAGGGGUGGAGAGGGGUGACCUUUAUGGAAGGGUCGGGACAGGAGGAAGGGGCAACUUGCGCUCGACAAUGGGCAUAGGACAUGGAGGGAAAGGAGAAUUCAAGAAGAUACUGCCUGAAAUCCAUCUGAGAGUCUCUUCCUUCUUUCCUCUUUGGAAAUGGUUGUAACCCGAGACUUUGAUUUCGGUCCCAUUCAGUUUUUAAACUUCAGGAUAGAUCACAGAAUCUUGCUUUCGUCACAGCCACUUGGUUUCCUGGUGAUGAUAUGGCAUCUGCCAGCUCCAGCCGGGCAGGAGUGGCCCUGCCUUUUGAGAAGUCUCAGCUUACUUUGAAGGUGGUGUCAGCAAAGCCCAAGGUACAUAAUCGCCAACCUCGAAUUAACUCGUUUGUGGAAGUGGCAGUGGAUGGACUCCCCAGCGAGACCAAGAAGACUGGGAAGCGAAUUGGGAGCUCCGAGCUUCUCUGGAAUGAGAUCAUCAUUUUGAAUGUCACAGCUCAGAGUCAUUUAGAUUUGAAGGUCUGGAGCUGCCAUACCUUGAGAAAUGAACUGCUAGGCACCGCCUCUGUCAAUCUCUCCAGUGUUCUGAAGAACAAUGGGGGCAAAAUGGAGAACACGCAGCUGACCCUGAACCUGCAGACAGAGAACAAAGGCGGUGUUGUCUCAGGCGGUGAGCUGACAAUUUUCCUGGAUGGGCCGACUGUUGAUCUGGGAAGCGUGCCUAAUGGCAGUGCCGCGACAGAUGCAUCACAGCCACCUUUGAGAGAAUCCAGUGGGAUAGCCAGUGCUCCAGAGAACCGACACCAGUCCCCUAGCACCAACUGCUUUGGUGGGAGAUCCCGGACGCACAGACAUUCAGGUGGUUCAGCCAGAACAACCACAGCAACCGGCGAACAAAGCCCUGGUGCUAGCAACCGGCAUCACCAGCCCAUCAAGAACCCAAGCCACAGGGGCUUGGCCAAUGGCACAGUGAAUGACGAACCUGUUACAGUCCCUGAUCCCGAAGAAACCUCUGUUGUUGGUGUGACAUCCCCACCUGUGGCAGCAUCGACUGUUACCCUGAACCCCAACACAACAUCUCUCCCUGCUCCAGCCACGCCAGCUGAAGGAGAGCAGCCCAGCACUUCAGGCACACAGCAGCUCCCGGUGGCUGCCCAGGCCCCUGAUGCUCUGCCUGCUGGAUGGGAGCAGCGAGAGUUGCCCAAUGGGCGUGUCUACUAUGUUGACCACAAUACCAAGACCACCACCUGGGAACGGCCUCUUCCUCCAGGCUGGGAAAAACGCACAGACCCCCGAGGCAGGUUUUACUAUGUGGAUCACAACACUCGUACCACCACCUGGCAGCGCCCCACCGCCGAGUAUGUGCGGAACUACGAGCAGUGGCAGUCACAGCGGAAUCAGCUCCAGGGUGCCAUGCAGCACUUCAGCCAAAGAUUUCUCUACCAGUCUUCGAGUGCUUCAACUGACCAUGACCCGCUGGGCCCCCUCCCUCCUGGCUGGGAGAAGAGACAAGACAAUGGACGAGUGUAUUACGUGAACCAUAACACACGCACUACCCAGUGGGAGGACCCUCGUACCCAGGGGAUGAUCCAGGAGCCCGCUCUACCCCCAGGGUGGGAGAUGAAGUACACCAGCGAGGGGGUGCGCUACUUCGUGGACCACAACACUCGCACCACCACCUUUAAGGAUCCUCGCCCGGGGUUUGAGUCAGGGACAAAGCAAGGUUCCCCUGGUGCCUACGACCGAAGUUUUCGGUGGAAGUAUCAGCAGUUCCGUUUCCUCUGCCAUUCAAAUGCCCUUCCCAGCCACGUGAAGAUCAGCGUUUCCAGGCAGACACUUUUUGAGGAUUCUUUCCAGCAGAUCAUGAACAUGAAACCCUAUGACCUGCGCCGCCGACUGUACAUCAUCAUGCGCGGCGAGGAGGGCCUGGACUAUGGAGGCAUUGCCAGAGAGUGGUUUUUCCUCCUGUCCCACGAGGUGCUCAACCCCAUGUACUGUUUAUUCGAAUACGCCGGGAAGAACAAUUACUGCCUGCAGAUCAACCCUGCCUCCUCCAUCAACCCUGACCACCUCACCUACUUCCGCUUUAUUGGCAGGUUCAUUGCCAUGGCUCUGUACCAUGGAAAGUUCAUUGACACAGGUUUCACCCUCCCUUUCUACAAGCGGAUGCUCAACAAGAGACCAACCCUGAAAGACCUGGAAUCCAUCGACCCCGAAUUCUACAACUCCAUCGUCUGGAUCAAAGAGAACAACCUAGAAGAGUGUGGCCUAGAGCUGUACUUCAUCCAGGACAUGGAGAUUUUGGGCAAGGUGACAACCCACGAGCUGAAGGAAGGCGGUGAGAGCAUCCGUGUGACAGAGGAGAACAAGGAAGAGUACAUUAUGCUGCUGACUGACUGGCGUUUCACCCGGGGCGUGGAAGAGCAGACUAAGGCCUUCCUGGAUGGCUUCAACGAGGUGGUCCCUCUGGAGUGGUUGCGCUACUUUGAUGAGAAAGAGCUGGAGCUGAUGCUGUGCGGCAUGCAGGAAAUAGACAUGAGCGACUGGCAGAAGAACACCAUCUACCGGCACUAUACCAAGAACAGCAAGCAGAUCCAGUGGUUUUGGCAGGUGGUGAAGGAGAUGGACAAUGAGAAGAGUAUCCGGCUGCUACAGUUCGUUACUGGGACCUGCCGCCUGCCUGUCGGGGGUUUUGCUGAACUCAUUGGUAGCAAUGGACCACAGAAGUUUUGCAUUGACAAGGUUGGCAAGGAAACCUGGCUGCCCAGAAGCCAUACCUGUUUCAACCGUUUGGAUCUCCCACCAUACAAGAGCUACGAACAACUGAAAGAGAAGCUGCUGUAUGCCAUCGAGGAGACAGAGGGCUUUGGACAGGAGUAACCGACGCUGUCCCCUCCCAUUCCCCCAGCACACAUGUAGUCAUGAGUCCUCCCUGCCUGAGAGGCCGCUGGCCGCAGCCCCUGGGAGGCCCUCCCCACAAAUGGUGGCCCUGCAUGGGACCUCACUGUCAUCAGCCAGUGGCAGCAGAGUCUGACGUCAAGAGGCCCUGCUCAACCCUCCCUCAUACCCACUGGUGGCAGUCUGGAAUAAAGGCCCCAGUUACCGUGGCCUCAUUACCCAUCACAGUCUGGAGAGCAAACCUGCAAAGCUCACCCUCCUUCUCCCCUAAGACCAACCCAAGGUGUGCAUGAGUGUGCAAGGAGGGUGCCUGUGUGGAAGGGCUGCAGCAGAAGCCCCAAGCCUUCCAGGGGAGUUAGGUGAGGAGACUAGCCACUUUGGGUAGCUGUCUGGGCUAAGAAAUCCCCGAGUCUUUGCCAGUAAAAGAGGUUCUGUUUUAAAUAGAAGUUUUCCAGUGAUUUGUAUAAAAUGAAGGUCUGAGAGAGCUUUUCCCACACUCAGAGCUCUGGAUCAAGGCUGUUUUGCUUCCUCCCGUAGCAAGCCCCAGCCAUGGGGGCUGAGCUGCAAGGCCCCUCUCCACUCAGGGCUGGCCAGUUCAUUCUUCCCAGCCAAUAAAGGGUUGUCAGCUGCUUGGAUGUCAGUGAGAUGGAAACAGCAAACUCAGAAUUUCUUUUCCCUUUACAUAAACUUGAAGCAUUUCGUGUGUAGGGUUCCUUUGUGUUCUUGGUAUGCUGCUGUCCCUUUCUGUCAAGGAGCUGGUGUAUCAGGUGUUGCUGAGACCUUGAGAGACCCAGCAUCAUUAGUCCAAGAAUUUCUCAAACAGCUACUCCUCUUAGGAACUUGCUCAGCAGUUCUGCGAGCUCAGACAGGCCUGACCUGGCAGCUCGGCUUCACAGUGGCCUCAUCCCCGAGCCUUGACAGAGAAGGGGGUGUGCCCUGGUGCCAGCCCAACCUUGCCGCCUUUGAUAGAGGAGAACUCCCUUUGCUAGGUGUAGUCAUCUGGGUUCUAGACCUCUAGGCGGACCUGUUAGUCCCUUGUUAAGAAUGAAGUAUGUCCUGGCCACCCCAGAGUGUGUUUAUUUUGCCUAGAAGCAAGGCUUUGUCUGCACACAGGAAAAGAUGCUCGUGGAGGCCAGCAGAAGGGCCUCUGCUGCACAGAGUCUGACUUGAUUUCGGAGCCCCUCCUAGGCUCUGCUGUGGGCUUCUGCCGUGUAUUGAGUCCUUCAGGACGAACACAGUCCUGUGGGAUGCUGGAAAGGUGAUUGUUGUGAACUCCCUGGUCCAGGUCUCCAGGGUUCUAUCACCGAGCAUCAGCUGCAGACUACUCCAGCUUCCUAGGACCCCAGGCAGGCCCUUAGACCAGCCAUGGGCCUUCUGAGGACAGUCUCACGUUCCCGGAUCCUCGUCCUUCCCCCCGGCCUGUGGAGGGACAGCCCGCUACUGUGUUGGGUGUGUCUAUUUGGGUGGCUCAGCUCAUUGCAGCUCAGCCUUUUUUCUCCCCGGAGUUGUUUGCUGUGCUUCCCUGAAGCGUCUCGGCAUGUUGGGUCGGGGUGCAAGCUGCCAUGUGGGGUUUGGAAGCCUCGGGCUCACAUGUGUUCAGAGUAUGUUCAUGUGCGCAUGUGUGUAUGUACAUGUAUAUAACUGAGGUGUGUCUGUAAGGAAUGUCCUUUGGUAGCUUUGGGUUGGUUACCAGAUUGUUUUGUAACGCCCAACCUCUUGCCUCGGUAUUGCCAGUCUCUUGUGCAAUAAACAAUCAGCAGCUGUG